AUGCCCGUCCUUUCUAAGAUACUCGUCCUUCCUCUUCUGGCAACAACUGCCCUCGCUGCCCCCAAGUUGGCAAAGCGGUUUACAUUCCCUCUCCCUGCCUCAACCGGUAGCGUUACCUUCGAUGAGCCAUACGAGAUUGCUGCCGGCGAGACCUACGACGGCGAGCUCCAGACCUUCGGCCGCGGCGUCGAAUGCACUAAUCAGGAAGAAGGCGGGGAGUCCGACACCGUCUUCAUUGUCCAAGAGGGCGGAACCCUUCGCAAUGCUAUUAUCGGGCCUGACCAGAUAGAGGGGGUUUACUGUCUCGGUGCCUGCACGAUUGAGAAUGUUUGGUGGGAGAAGGUUUGCGAGGACGCGCUGUCCUUGAAGGACCCAGGGACUGGGCCGUAUAAUAUCAUCGGCGGUGGAGCGCAGGGUGCGGAGGACAAGGUUAUUCAGCAAAACUCCGCCGGCGAGGUCAUAAUCGACGGCUUCACGGUCUACGACUUUGGCAAGCUGUACCGCUCCUGCGGAACCUGCGGCGACAUCCAGCGCUCUGCAACAAUCAGCAACGUUAUUGCCGUAGACGGGCUGACCAUUGCCGGUGCCAACGCCAACUUUGGCGACGUCGUAACCAUCGACGGCUCCAACUGCGCGUCGGACGUCAGUGCCAUUUGCACCACGUACGAUGCUGACGCCGAUGGUGGUGAGCCUGAGGAGACAUCGACUGAUCCUACCGAUGCAUGUGUUUUCGAGGAGCUGCCGGCUUGUGAGUAG